AACGUGGUGCUUGAAAAUUUCAACUUCUUUCACAUCAAAAUCAGCUGUGAACAUCAGUAUGGCCGCUCUAAUAUCUAGAAAAUAAAAUUUGUUUUUUUCAAAUCAUACAAAAAAAUAGGAAAGUGCAGUUUUCGUACUUACACCGCGUAAUUGAAUAUUUGCGGAGAGUGUCGGUGUUGUUGACUAAAAAGUGUUGCGUCAUGACAGAAUCGCCUUCUCUCGCCUGACAAACAAAUACAAUAAAAAUUGCAACUGGCGAAUUACGGAGUUCUUGUCGCAUUUCUAUUUCGCUCGUGUGUCGGUUCUGUCAGUCGUCGCGGGGCUGAUGUUAUUUGUGAAUAAUUAUCGAGCGGUAUAUAAUGAGUAGUGUUAGAUUGAGUUUCAUUUCUGUGGGGAGGAUCGCAGUAAGGAGAAAUUCCCAGUUGACAUCAGGCGGCAUUCCAUCAUGCCGCGGGCUACGGCGGCCAUGCGGGUGGUGCGGCGCGGGCGCAGAGCGGCGAUCUAUAACCACCGCGCCGGCGCUCUGCAAGUCCUCCACGGACCAGCCGCCGCACCCGCCCCACCAGCACCCCACCAAGGAUAACAACUCAGGCACAACAUCAGGCGGCAAGAAGAGCGGGUCCGGCAGCGGCGUCCUAACGUGCCCCAAGUGCGGCGACCCCUGCACCCACGUGGAGACCUUCGUGAGCUCGACGCGCUUCGUCAAGUGCGACAAGUGUCACCACUUCUUCGUCGUGCUCUCUGAAGUGGACACCAAGAAGAGCAUCAAGGACAACGCGGAAAACAAGUCGGGGUUUUAUCGGAAACCCCCGCCGCCGCCGAAGAAAAUCUUCGAGUAUCUAAACAAGCACGUGGUUGGCCAGGAGUACGCCAAGAAGGUGCUGAGCGUGGCGGUGUACAACCACUACAAGCGAAUCUACAACAACGUGACCCACACUGCGCCUGCGCCGGACCUACACCACCCGCUGCACCACACGCAUAGGGGACCCUCGGGGAUAGAUCUCCUGCACAUCAGCCACAGCACGGGCGGCACGGGAGGCGGCGCCGAGGUUCUAGAACGACAACACCACGAGCUCAGACUCGACAAGAGCAACGUGCUACUGCUCGGGCCCACUGGAUGCGGUAAGACGCUGCUGGCGCAGACGAUAGCGCAGUGCCUGGACGUGCCGUUCGCCAUCUGUGACUGCACGACGCUCACGCAAGCCGGCUACGUCGGCGAGGACAUCGAGAGCGUCAUCGCCAAACUACUGCAGGACGCCAACUUCAAUGUGGAGCGUGCGCAGACCGGCAUCGUGUUUCUGGACGAGGUAGAUAAGAUCGGCGCCGUGCCCGGCAUACAUCAGCUCCGAGACGUCGGAGGCGAAGGCGUGCAACAAGGCAUGCUGAAGAUGCUGGAGGGCGCUGUAGUGUCGGUGCCGGAGCGCAACUCGCGCAAGCUGCGCGGCGACGCAGUGCAGGUCGAUACCACCAACAUACUGUUCGUCGCGUCCGGCGCGUACAACGGCCUUGAUCGGCUAGUGCAGCGCCGCAACAACGAGAAGUACCUGGGCUUCGGCGCGUGGGACUCCCGGUCGGGGCGACGCGCGGCGCUGCAGGCCGCGGCGGCCGACGCGUCGCCGCUGGACUCCGCCACCGCCGAGAACGACGAGCGCGACGCCUGGCUGCGCAAGGUGCAGGCGCGGGACCUCAUCGACUUCGGCAUGAUCCCGGAAUUCGUGGGUAGAUUUCCGGUGCUGGUGCCGUUCCACUCGCUCAACCAAGACCUGCUUGUACGGAUACUCACCGAGCCUAAGAACGCUAUGGUAUCGCAGUACAAGCUGUUGUUCGCGAUGGAUAAGUGCGAGCUGACGUUUAGUGAGGAAGCGCUUCAGGCCGUGGCUGCACUCGCCAUGGAAAGAAAGACCGGCGCGCGCGGACUGCGGGCUAUCAUGGAGAACCUGCUGCUGGAAGUGAUGUUCGAGAUCCCCGGCUCCGACAUCUCGGGCGUGCACAUCCACGAGGGCUGCGUGCGCCGCGCCGAGCCGCCCGCCACGCGCCGCCGCCGCGACGCCGCGCCCGUCAGGGACGCCUGGCCCUCGGUCAGACUCACCAACUGAACUACACUCCAGCCGCGGCCCAACCAUCUGUCACUCAGUGCGUGCUGUGAGGGGUAACGUAUGGUGGUUACAAACAAGAAAAAAUAAAAUAGCAUUCUCUAUGGCAACCUCAACUGACGUAAGCGUCAAUCGAUCGGAUCGUUUUGAUAUUUGACACAAGUUUCAAGAUAUUUUUUCCAAAUUGUUUGUAUAACAGCAGGAGAAAGUAGAUGUGGAUGCGACCAUCUCGAUAGUUACACAAACGGAAUUAAGCUAUUUCUUAGGUGGCCAUGUUUAUAGUCAGUUGAGGAUAACUCCAGCGUAAAGAUGCGGCUAAACGUCAGAAACAUACGAGUUACUGAUGAACAGAACGAUCGGAGCGACCUAUAUCGUACCUCGACGUUUUGACGUUUCGUCAUUGUCACGACAAAAUUCGUCGUUUCCUGCAACGGUGCCUACUAACCUAACACAUUGAGCCCCGAGAUAAAUCGAAACUUUUAGCCAAGGGUUUCUGUAGACACCAAAUAGUAUUUUUUUUUUUAAAUUUGGCAAUUGAUUUGAGGGCUCCUUAAAAAUAAACUCCUUAGAAGUUCUCGUUUCUGUCGCCACCUCAACUCUUACACCCGCUCGAUUCGAUCAGUCGUUAGAAAAAUUCUUAAUGUUAGCAUUAAUACGAAUGCAUUAAUAGGAUAGAUCCAGAUUAGCAUUUCGUAGAAAUGUGCCAAUUAGGUAAAUUAUGUCGACGAGUUAACAAAGACAAGGCAAAAAGUCGAAAUCUAUUGCCCCAUAUUUCUGUGAGAUUUAUGGACAUUAAUAUUUAGGUAUUAAUAUAACUAUCGGCAUGUUGGUCCUACUGGGCUUUCAUUUUAGUCGAUAAUAAAAUACCUUUUUUGUAAGAACUUACGUGAUCAUAAAACCUUCGUUCGUCAUUAUCUACCGCGUGGAUCGCUGUCGCUACCUAACUUCGUCACUAGAUGGCGCCAUGACAGAUGUGUCAAAAUAUUUAUUUCUUGUUUUUUGUUAUUUUAACCUUAAAAAUUGUUACACUUUAUUGUAUCCUUGUCCUUGUUAGCUAGUUAAAUAGUGUAUGUGAUUACGUAAACGAAUUUUAAACGGUGAUGGAGUGCGAUCGGGAUGACGUUCUUGAUACUUUGUGGGCCUAACAAAAAUUUUGGCGAUACAGAGAUAAUCUAAAUUAAUACGUUCAAAAAUUUUGCUACUAAGCCGAUCUAACCAGACUUUCAGACCAUCAACAUUUGUAAACUCACUGUAGCGCCAACAUUUUUUAAGUAUAACAUGCUCACUUUAUGAUAACCUUCGCUAAUAUUAGCUAAAAUUAUGACGCGUUGAUGACUUCACUUGAGAUCUAGAGGGUUAAAAAGGGCACAUUGAAACAAUUAAUCUAAAUUUGACAUUUGCGCAUAAGUGCGCAAUAUCAACAAAUGUCAAAUAGUAAUAAUACUUUUUUAGAUGAAUCGAUUCCAUGUGGCCUUUUUAGACUAGCUACCUGUUAAUAUUGUGACUGUUGUAUAUUCUACGUCAGAUUGAUGAAAAAUUAAACAAGUUUUAAGCAAACGCUUUACCUAUGGUCCACUCAUAUUAGAACUUUAGCCCAAUUUUGUCAUGGCAUUUUAUGUCAGGUUAUGUAAAAAUGUCGGCAUUGGAUUUUGAAUUGUAACAACACGAUGGUAUGGUUCAUCAGAUCACAAUGAUCUUAUAUGUAGUUCCUUGUUAUUUAUGUGUUUUAUGUUGAAAAUAAAAAAAAAUCUAAAAAAUGUUGUGCAUCUCCAGCCACCAUACAGCAUUGCUCUUGUGAUGUAAAUUACUGUAAAUAAUUAUAAACUAGAAGAUGUUAUAUUUUAAGGCUUAAUACAAUUAGGUUUUUUCUAUGCCCAAUAUAAGUUGUAAGUACGAAAAGUUACACUACAUUAGAUUUAAUUAGGAAAUUUUUUUUCGGCCAACAACACAGAGGAAAAUUGAUAUUUUGACAUUUUGUUAUAUUAUUAUACAUAAUUAUUUUUUUAAUUUAUAAAUGGUUAGUUGCUAUGUGAUUAUAGUACUUGUUUUUUAUGUAUAAAUGACAUUUUCUUACAAUCUUCGUCUUGUUCGAGCUACAUUCAGGGACUACAAGUAAAUUGUUUGAAACGUAUAAUCACAUCGCAGCUCAAGUUAAAUAGUUUAAGCCUAUUUUCAAUUUAAAAUAUAAAGAAAACCAACACAAA